AUGAAGUUUAGCGGUUUAUGGUUAGACCAGGAUAAGAAAUGCCCUAUAUGGUUUAAAGCUUACUCUAUUAUCAUCUUAGUUUUUGGUCUAUACACAGUAAAUUUCUUGCUUUUCAUCAACUGGAUCAUAGCUAUCAACAGCGACAUCAAGAAUUUCGCUAGCAUGUGUUAUAUUAUCAUGAUCGUGCACAUGGGCGAGCUAAAAUCUCUGGUACUUCUGAAAUACAGAAAAGACUGCUUUAAAAUGGUUAGGAUGUUCCAGCAUGAGACAUUUCAACCGAAGACUUCUGAAGAAUUAGAGAAGGUAAAGGAAGUUUUAGGUAACUUUACCAAACUGAAAAACUGGAUGACAGCAGCAAGUAUGGGAGCCGCAGUACUACUCGAUACUUUCCCGUUGUUUCACGAAGACAAAUACAAGCUGCCAAUGUCUGUUUGGUACCCAAUCAAUAUAAAUUACAGCCCCUUGUUUGAAAUUAUGUACUUGCACCAGGCCAUCAGCAUUGUGGCAGUGACUACUCUCAACGUUUAUACCGAAGCUAUGAUAAUGGGGUUUUUAACGUUUGUCGGGUUGCAAUGCGAUCUGUUAUCUAUGAGAAUAGAGAAUCUUGAAGAGUUUUCUAAAAAGAAUUUGGAGGUUUUGAUCAAAAACCAUUGGUUUAUACUGAGAUUAUUCAAACUUAUAAAGAAUUUAGCUGGCAAAAUCUAUUUCACCCAAAUAUUUGCCAGCACAAUAACCUACUGCAUGGAUAUGUAUCUAUUAACGAUAAUGGAUAUAUGGUCCGUCGAGUAUUUGUACAUUUUGACUUAUCAAUUGGCUGUCAUUGGUAUGUUUAUGAUUCCUUGUUGGCUCUCAACUGAAAUGACCUUAAAGAGUGAACGAAUCGCUGUGGCUCUGUACAAUUGUAACUGGUUUGCAGCCAGCGAAUCCUUUAAAAAGGACAUGAUGUUUUUUAUGAUGCGAACCCAAAGACCGUUGAAGCUACUAGCGAACGACUUCUUUUAUGUUUCUUUGGAGUUAUUUUUGAAGAUGGUACGUACGUCACUGUCUUACUUCGCAGUUUUGAUGAAUAUCGAUUCGUCAUCCCCCAGGAACUUUUCGAUAUAACAAUGAUUCUUUUUGAUCCAGCACCGGUGUGAAUAAACCAGGAAAAAAUGUAAUGAUCCACCUAAAUAAAUAAUAAAUCA